AAUUUAAUACUCCCUCCGGCAGUUAGCAAAGCGCGAGCGAGAGCACAGUUCAGACCAGAGAGAGAGAGAGAGAGAGAGGAUGGGGUGGAUCGGAGAAGCAGUAGAUUCCGUCAAGUCCCUACGAAUCAGACAAGUCCUCUCUCAAGCCGUUAGUCUCGGUUCGUUACAUCACUUCCCAUUCCCUCUCACUCCUCCGCAUCGAUUCGUUACACAUCGUUUGUUUGUAUGCAUUAUGAGAUUCAUUCUCACAUUAUUCCAGGCCUCGUGACAGUGGCGCUUUAUUGGUGUCUUUUGAUCGGCAUCUUCCGACAAUUCCUAGAGCUUUCAAUCACUCCAGCCAUAUUCUUGGAACUAUAUUUGUUAAAUUCAUUCAGCAUAUCGCAGUGGUCACUCUUUCACCUCUUGUGGCCACUUCAUUUAGUGUUCCCUUAUUCCUACUUAUUCUGCUGAAGUUCAAUACAUAUUUGUUGAUGAUAAAGAAAGGGAAAUAGGUAAAAUUUGUUUUUGAAUAUAUUUUUUUUCCAGGUAUGAUCGUUACCUCUGCACUUAUUAUAUGGAAAGGAUUAAUGUGCGUAACUGGUAGUGAAUCACCUGUUGUUGUUGUGCUUUCUGGAAGCAUGGAACCUGGCUUCAAAAGGGGUGACAUUCUGUUCCUGCAUAUGAGCAAGGAUCCUAUUCGUGCAGGAGAAAUUGUGGUGUUUAAUGUCGAUGGACGGGAAAUCCCAAUUGUCCAUCGAGUAAUAAAGGUUCACGAACGUCAGGAUACAGAAGACGUUGAUGUUCUAACUAAAGGGGACAACAAUAUGGGGGAUGACAGACCUUUGUAUGCUCACGGCCAUCUCUGGCUGCAACGGCACCACAUCAUGGGGAGAGCUGUCGGGUUCUUACCUUAUGUUGGUUGGGUAACAAUUAUCAUGACUGAGAAACCUAUCAUCAAGUAUCUGCUUAUAGGUGCUCUUGGACUGCUGGUCAUAACUUCAAAGGAGUAGGAAAUCAAAUUUUGUGCGUUAAGCCCAACAGGCAUCGAAUACAUCUUUCUUUUGCCAAUUGGGAUUGCAGAAACCAUUUUCGUCAUUUCUUCCCCUUCUCUCCUUUUGUAAACUAUAAAUUUUUUUUAUGGGAAACUAGACAUAGAAUCUCAUAGAA